UCCUUCAUCUGCUCCUCCAACAACCACGUCGCCCGCAUCGCCGCCAUGAUCGAGCGCCUCUGCCAGGCCUUCGGCCGCCGGCUGUGCCGCCUGGACGCGCGGCCCUUCCACGCCUUCCCCUCCCCGGCGGCGCUGGCAGGCAGCGACGCCGAGGCCAAGCUGCGGGCGCUGGGCUUCGGCUACCGGGCCAAGUACGUGAGCGGCAGCGCGCGGGCCAUCGCCGAGGGGCUGGGCGCCGAGGGGCUGAGCCGGCUGCGCGCCGAGCCCUACGCCGAGGCCAGGAGGGUGCUGUGCGCCCUGCCGGGCGUGGGGACCAAGGUGGCCGACUGCGUGUGCCUGAUGGCGCUGGACAAGGCGGAGGCGGUGCCCGUGGACACCCACGUGUGGCGCAUGGCGCGGCGGCACUACGGGGCCGCGGCGGGCGCACGCUCCCUGACCGCCCGCGUGCACCAGGAGAUCGGAGACUUCUUCCGCGGGCUGUGGGGACCCUACGCGGGCUGGGCGCAGGCGGUCCUGUUCUGCGCCGCCCUCCACAAGGGGCAGGAUGCGGCCGGCAGCGGGAAGCGGGCCAGGAGGGGCCGGGGCCGGGAGAGCUGCGGGGACGAAAAGCCCUAAAAGGGGGGUCACGAAGCCCUAAAAGGGGGG